GCCAUAGUCACAGCCACAAACACAUUCACACAGUAGUUACUCAGAGCUAAUAAGGAAAGUCAUUUGAGCUUGUUUGUAUCUACAGAUAAAGGACUGAAAACCAAUCUGUAUCAUUUUUUCUGCAUGCACAAUCUCUGGUUGAACAAACCCAGUGUUCAGCACCUGUACAAUUGAUUGUUAGUUAAGAGUGAUUGAUUUGAAUUCACUUACUAAACAGAAGUAGUCCACCAUGGCAUGCGAACAGGACUACUACACUCUAAUGUCUGGGCUGCAGGAGCUUGAUUUCCAAGGGAAAGCAGUGCCCAGCAGUCUUGUACUAAUAGGUGAACAUGCCUUUCCACUUGCCAUGAAUCCAAGAGGUCAGGUGCUGAUGGCUGCAUCUCAUUACGGUCAGGGACGUAUUGUAGUGUUGGGACACGAGGAAUACCUAACACACUUUCCUGGCCUCAUAGAGAAUGCCCUAAUGUGGCUCAUGCCAUGUACCGGUGAUGCUGGCAUUGUAGGGAUCAAGGGGAGUUUACAUUCAGUAGCUGACAACUUGAACAGCUGCUCUAUCAAGACAGAGCUAGGAGACUUUCAGGAUGGAUUAGCUAUAUAUAUCACAGAUGCCUACAGUGUCGAGAACUGUGCAAAGGAUCUGAUUGCUUUCCUCAAAGCUGGAGGUGGUUUGAUCAUUGCUGGCCAAGCCUGGAAUUGGUCUUAUCACCAUCCACAAGAAAACACUAUAAGGAACUUCCCAGGAAACAAGGUGUGCAGUGUUGCAGGAAUUUAUUUCUCUGAACACCCACAAGAAGUUGGAAAAUUUCCUGUUCUGAGAAAUAUCCCUUCUAAUUGGCUCGCUGUUUCAAUAGGCAAAGACUUCAAAGAUGAUCUAGAGUUCCUGCUGCAUGGUGUGUCUGAGUUUGACACCACAGGAGGGGCUAUAGCAUCUGAGGUGAUGGUGCACGGACCAUUAGCAUUUCCCGUUGCGGUCACUCCGGCUGGAAAAGCAUUCAUUGCUGGUGCCUAUUAUGGACAAGGUCGAGUAAUUCUGGUAUCCCAUGAAAGCUACCUGAGCCAGGACUCUCUGUCCACAUUCAUGAUCAAUGCUAUCAAGUGGCUUGAUGAGGGUCGGAUGGGUGUGAUUGGGAUCCUGCCCAGCCUCAAAGCAGCCCACGCGGUACUGAGCAAAUCAGGUUUAGAUUGCCAGUUGACUGGCUUCAGAGAAGAUCUGAGCGUCUACGUCUGCACUUCCUACAGUGAUGCACAGUGUGCAGAGAUCCAAGAAUUUGUUGCUGAAGGCGGAGGUCUUCUGAUUGGGGGUCAUGCCUGGUAUUGGGCCCAGACCCACCCUGGCUGUAAUGUGAUGACUGAAUGCCCAGGAAAUCACAUUCUUAACAAGAUGGGAUUGAGCCUCUUAAGCAACACCUUAGGUGGAGGGUUAUAUAAGGGCCCAGAAAUAGAGCAUUGGUGUAGAGAGGGGUACCACUUUCGUAGGAUGCUGCAGCGAUUUGCUGAAUAUGUAAGCCAGGGAAAAGAACUGACUGAUCAUGAACAGGGCUACUUGAAGCAGCUGGGCUGCGACUGUGCAAAUUACCUUAGUAUGCGUUCUUAUGACAGUGCCGCCUACACUUCAGUGCUCGCACUUCUUACUGACAUAGUGAAGAAGGUAGGUGUUCCACAGGUGUCCAGUAAUUGUCCUGUUGAAAGUGCCAAAGACCGCCUGAUGCUCCACGUUGGGACUGAGGUAUACAAAGUGUCGCUUAAUCCUGAUGACCUUUUUCCAUACAUCAUCAAGGACAGACCCGACUUGCCCACUUUGUCUAAUGCAAGAGUUCGGAUCAGUGCAAACACUGCGGAUUGUGAAGAAUGGAUAAGCACAGGCUUAUAUCUUUCUCCUGGUAUGAAGACGUUCAUAGAAAUACCUCCAGAGAUCGUUGGGAAAAAUUGGCAGGUGCAGCUUGGUUGCCAGACAGAUAACAUUGGUGGAGCAAAUGUCCUGAAACGGGCUCCUGUGGUCCAUGAGCGAUUCCCCUUAAACAAAGAAAUGGUCCAGGUCAGGAAUCUGUGGGGAGGGCUCAUCUACCUAAUAGCACCUCCCCAGAGCAAAGUGGAUGGGGUGGAAAUUGUCGUGCAGGUCUCAGUACAGGCUCCAUACUUCAAAUCUGGAGAGACAAAUGUAGCUGACUGGGUAAGCAGGAUUCGUUCGGCACCUGCCCCCUGGGCCGAACUUGAGUUUGAGAAUAUCAUCAUCGCAUUAGAAUCAGAGUUUAUAAGGAAUCUGGACCGCCCUGAUGAGGUGGCUACACUUUGGGAUACCAUAAUGAGAAGCAUAGCUGACCUGGCAGCAAGACCUGCCAAGUUUCCCCGCAAGGAGCGGUUUGUUGCGGAUGUUCAGAUCUCUUGCGGUUUCAUGCAUUCUGGAUAUCCCAUCAUGAUGCAAUCCAUCUCUGCCCCAGAACUAAUAAACAUAGAGCAAGUCUAUAAAAGUGGUCUUUGGGGACCCAUUCAUGAGUUGGGUCAUAACCAGCAGCGCAGAGUUUGGGAGUUCCCUCCACACACCACUGAGUGCACCUGCAACCUGUGGUCAGUGUACAUACAUGAGGAAGUGCUGCGAAUGAAUAGAGCUAAUGCUCAUCCCGAGAUGACUCUAGAAAACCGCCAGGCUCGUAUCAAGAAGUAUUGCAGUGGUGGUAAGGAUUUAAAUAGCUGGAGUGUGUGGACAGCACUGGAGACUUACAUGCAGCUUCAGGAAAAAUUUGGCUGGGAUGCUUUUAAGAAAGUUUUUGCUGCGUACCAUAAUAUGAGUGAAGUGCCAAAUGACAAUGCAGGCAAGAUGAAUCUAUAUGCUGAGACCUUCUCCAAGGUGGUCAAACUGAAUCUGUGCCCCUUCUUCAAAGCGUGGGGUUGGCCCAUCAAGCCCAGCACAGAAGAGAAGAUCUCUCAUCUUCCUAAAUGGACUGACAAUCCUAUGAGCCAGUGCGCAUAAGAACGUCUCAGAUAGAUUUUAAAAUUUGCAGUGCCAGUUUUAAUGUAAUUGUGGGGUAAGAUUAUGUAUAAAAGAUUAUAUGUGCUUAUCUGGAGUUUCAUGGACAUUAUUGUAUUCAUGAGCAAUUGAUUAAUGUCAAUGUAAGGCAAAAAAAAAAAAAAAACCAUAAAUAUAAUUUUAAAAAAUCUGAAUAUUCUUGUUUUAAUAAAAUGUGGCUAUAGGGUAAGUCGGUUAAGGUUAAGUACAGUAUAACCUGAACAUGCAUGUUAAAAACACAACAUAUACAUAAAAACUAAACCUUGGCCUGGUCCAGUUUAGUGCUUAAGGGGAAAAUAUAUUUAGUAAUUUUUGUUUACAGAUCACUUAUAUGCCUCAGUGGUCUUUUGACUUUAUGCUGUCUGUGAUAGAGGCCUUUCAUGGUGUAGGGGUAACAAAACCAGUUCUUUUUGCUUUCACACUGUUCCUAGAUUUUCAAUUUGAAAAACAAGAAGAAAAAUGUUUUGUACAAGUUUAAAUGUGUGGCAGCAAAGAAUGAUGACUACUGAUGACAAUGUAGCAGUCGCCUCAGUGCUUUAUUGUUUUGUAUAAUAACAUGUUCUGCCACAUAUAUUUGGAAUCAUGCAACUGUCAAAUUAAAGUGAUGCUGGGACAA